AUGCCGUCGGCGCGGCUGAGUCUCCGCGAGGAGGACGUCGUCCGAUUGGCGCUCGAGUUCCUGCACAACCGUGAGCUGCACAUCUCGCAGCUGAGUCUCGAGCGAGAGACGGGCGUGAUCAACGGCAACUAUUCCGACGACCCCCUAGAGCUGCUCAAGGCGUUCGACGCUAGGAAAUUCCGCUUCACGAUACUCAAGCACAAGUACACCGAGCUGCUGUGCAUCAAGUCGGAAGCGAACGCAAUAGGAAGUAGCGUCGACAAUGCCGUCGAAGAAGUAGUCAAGGUGCUCAGCGACCUCGAGAAAUGCGCCCCCUCAAAAGAAGAAUACUCCACCAUGUGCCUGCUGCUCACCCUGCCCAGACUGACAGACCACCUUCACUACAAGGACUGGAACCCGAGCAACGCGCGGGUGCAGUGCUUCCGCGAGAUUUACUCGCUGGUGGCGGAAUUCCUGCCCGGGGACAGGAAAACCAGCGAUGAGGAGCGUUAUUCCAGUGCUAAGAACGACAGACUGAUCCAGCUUAUUAUUAAAGGUGAAGCAACUGACAUAACUACCAGUGAUGCAUAG